CGACGACUGUUGCGCGGUCGUCGUGAUACUCUAAAGACCGGCGUACAACACUCGCGUAAGGAUACCGGUGCGGCACGCUUUCCCUCCCGCCCUCUCUUCGACGACACGCCGGCUCUCUGUGUGUGGCGGCUGCAGCGAUCGAGUGGUCGCUCUCCUAUAUAUCUCUCUCUCUCUCUCUCUCUCGCACCGUGCUUGCUCUCUUCCUAUCUUUCUCUUUCUCCCUCAGACUCUUCUCUUCACUUGGUCGUUCCUUCUUUCUCUACCUCUGACCGUGGGCCCUUCAAGACUCGUCCGCAACUCGACUGGACUCCUCUGCGCCACGCCACGAAGAGACACCGAAUAGACGCGACCCAGACGUCGUCGAAACGAACGCUUGACUCGCUGAAUUUUCGCGAUAAAGGAUCACCGCCUCGUCAGGUAGACGAGCCAAUCCUCUGGAGAGGGAGGUAAGGAAAAGGAGGAGGAGGCCAUCCACGAUGCGGCCCUUGGCCGCCAAUUUGGAUGGGCCUAGCCCUAACAUCCUACGAAUCGCCUGGGUCCUUCUUAUUAUCGUCCUUGGGUUUAUACCUUCGAACGAAGCUGUGAUAUGCCGGGAUACCUACAAGUGCAAUUGUACCGGUGUGAAAGGGCAAUCUGGUUAUCCUGGAAUACCUGGACAACUAGGGUUAGAGGGACUUCCCGGUGAAGUCGGACCGGAUGGGCCACCAGGACCUAAAGGUGAAAAAGGUGCAGGCGGUGAAUAUGGUGGUACCGGAGAAAAAGGCUAUAGAGGCGAGCCUGGAAUACGAGGAUUCACCGGAUCUCCUGGACUUUCGGGUAACACAGGAGUCCCUGGAGUUAUGGGACCGGAUGGUAUUGACGGAUGCAACGGUACAGACGGUCGAGCCGGUCCACCAGGUAUGUCUGGAGUUUAUGGUGAACGAGGACCGGAAGGAGAUAUAGGAGAUUAUGGUCCACCUGGUGAACCUGGUGAAGGUGGAAUCAAUUCGGUAGGCGUGAAGGGAGUUCAGGGUGAUUCUGGUAUCGAUGGACCUCAGGGUUAUCCAGGAUCGUACGGAGUUCCAGGAGAUAUGGGUUAUCCAGGAGAAACUGGCGACUUUGGUUAUCCAGGUGGUCCAGGUCUACCAGGUAUGGAAGGUGAUCGAGGAGAAACCGUUUAUGGUGUAAGAGGAGUACCUGGUGAACAAGGUGACAGAGGUGAAGCUGGUUCGAGUAAUGAACAAUAUAUAAGAGGUAAAGGUACUAGUCCGGUUAAAGGAUCUAAAGGUGUGAAAGGACAAAGAGGAGAUUUUGGAUACCGUGGACGAAAAGGAGAAGUAGGAGCAAAGGGACCACUGGGUCGACCAGGUUUCGCUGGAACGAAAGGUUUCAAGGGUGAACAAGGGGACGACGGUCCAAGAGGAAAACAAGGUUACGAAGGACCAGCUGGACCUGCCGGAAGUAAGGGAGAAAAGGGUGCACCGGGUUACGCAGGAAAUCCUGGAUCGGACGGUUCCGAUGGUGAAUCCGGAGAAAUCGGUAAUCAAGGUCCUCCGGGAAGGCAAGGAGCUGCCGGCGAACCAGGAACGUAUAUACCAGAACUCGACGAAAUAAUUGCUGGAAGUAUUGGAAUUCAAGGAGAUCUCGGACCACCUGGUGAGCCAGGUGAAUCAGGAACUCCUGGACUUCCUGGAAAAGUUGGAUACAUUGGUCCUCCAGGACCACCAGGACCUGCUGGACGACCAGGUGAACCAGGACGGAAAGGUUCUUCUAUCAAAGGAGAACAAGGAGACGAUGGCAUUCCUGGACCAAUCGGACAACAAGGACCACCCGGUCUUCCUGGUGCGCCUGGACUUAUCGGUGCAAAAGGAUUUCCAGGUGUCACAGUAAUAGGUCCACCAGGUCCCGAUGGCAAAUACGGAUUACCAGGACUAACUGGUCCACCUGGAGAUCGUGGAGAUCCUGGACCACCUGGAGACAAAGGUUUUCCUGGAAAAGGAGUUCAAGUAAGAGGACCACCUGGAGAGCAUGGUUUACCAGGAUCUCCAGGAUUGCCUGGUCCAGAUGGAUGGCCAGGCAGACCUGGUCUAAAAGGAGUUAAGGGCUACCGCGGGGAUGAUUGUGGCAUUUGUACGCCAGGAUUACCUGGUGAAAAGGGUGAACGUGGUGAUUCUGGUGUGAGCGGAUACUCGGGAACUCCUGGAUUUCCUGGAUUGCCUGGACCGCGGGGAUUCAAGGGAAUACAAGGUAAAACUGGUCCAGUAGGACUAGCGGGAUUGGAAGGAGACAGUGGAAGGCCAGGUAUUGCAGGACCCCAAGGUCCUAAAGGACAGGCAGGAAAGGUCUACUUACCACCGGAAGAAAAGUACGUGAGCCCACCUGGGGAUAUCGGUGAUAAAGGAUUCCCUGGAUUAGAAGGUCCUAUGGGACCGUGGGGUAAAAUUGGCCUAAUCGGAGAUACCGGAGCACCUGGACCGAAAGGAGAAAAAGGCGAUCACGGCGCUCCCGGCUUGAUUGGUCGUAAUGGAACAGAUGGAUGGGAUGGUAUACCAGGUGAAAAAGGUGAACCAGCAUCGGUACCAAUCGAAUUUUUACGUGGCGAUCCAGGAUAUGACGGUGCGCCAGGUACAAAAGGUACUGCUGGAGAAUUAGGAAAGAAGGGAGAACCAGGUGAUUCUACACAAUUUUCGGUCAAGGCACAGGGAGAUAAAGGAUAUAAAGGCGAAAGAGGUGCACCUGGCGAACCUGGUUAUAAAGGUUAUCAAGGACAAACCGGUGACGAAGGUUUCCCUGGUUUGUCAGGACCUAUGGGAUCUCCUGGUUUAUCGCUUCAAGGACCAAUAGGUUUGAAAGGAUAUCCAGGAAUGCCAGGAUUGCAAGGACCUCGUGGCACUGCUGGUUCUCCUGGACUUCAAGGACCAGAAGGUUUUCCAGGUCGUGUUGGUAGUAAAGGAGAUCGUGGUGAUCCUGGCACAAAUCUUCUUUACGGUGAAAUAGGUGAACCCGGUUGGUACGGAAGUAAAGGUGAAAUUGGAGAUGCUGGACCACAAGGUUUCCCUGGCAGACCAGGAGUAGAUGGACUUAAAGGUAUGAAAGGAGCCAAAGGAGCUCCUGGUUUCGAGGGCUUGCCAGGUCUUCAGGGAGCUAAAGGCCAACGAGGAUACAGUAUACAGGGUGAAAGAGGUUUUCCAGGAAUACCAGGGCAACCAGGAAUGUCUGGAAGAAUAGGUGAUGUAGGAGCUCGUGGACCAGAUGGCCCGUCAGGAUUCGACGGCAUGAAAGGAUUAAAAGGAGAAAUUGGUUUCAUGGGAAGACGUGGCGAUGAUGGUGACAUGGGUCCUCAAGGUUUCCAAGGUUUAGAUGGAAGUGUAGGUUUACCUGGACGUCCAGGUUUGGAAGGUGACGUCGGUGAGAUUGGUGAAUCCGGACCAACUGGUUGGCCUGGUAACGAAGGAUUCGACGGUGCACCUGGUCCGAAAGGAGAAAAAGGAGAUAUAGGUAUCACUGGUAAUCCAGGUUACCUUGGCCAAAUGGGUCUUAAGGGUAUUCAGGGUGAUUUUGGACCGGACGGUAUACCUGGUCUACCGGGCGACAAUUCCUUCAGUGGACCACAGGGUGAUAUGGGAGACCCUGGUUUCACUGGAGAAAUUGGACCCGUCGGACGCGCUGGAUUUGAUGGUCGACCUGGUUUACCUGGAGAACCUGGCUUAGCUACGGACGGAUUAAAUGGUUUAACCGGAGAAAAAGGAGAACCAGGAUUCGAUGGAUAUGAGGGACCACCUGGCCCUAAAGGAGAGAUUGGUGAUAUGGGACCGGACGGAUUUAAAGGAGAAAGAGGAGAUCAAGGUUUCCAGGGUCAACCAGGCUAUGCUGGAAUUCCAGGUAGAUACGGAGCUAAAGGUCAACGUGGUCCAGCGGGAUUACCUGGUUUCGACGGACCAGAUGGAAAACCAGGUCCCGAUGGUGACCCCGGUUUAAUGGGUCGUCCAGGUAUGCCGGGAGACGAUGGGUUACCAGGUUACCCAGGUAUUAUGGGUGCACCAGGUGCCAAAGGUCCAGUAGGAGAACCUGGAAUGGCAUCAUAUGCAGUUGCAGAAACAGGUGAUCGAGGAAACCCGGGAUUAAAUGGCUUUCAAGGACAGAAAGGAGAAUCAGGUGAUCAAGGAUAUCUUGGAAUACCGGGUCAAAAAGGUCAACAAGGUGAUAUAGGAUAUCCAGGACAACAUGGUUUCUCAGGUUUCCCAGGGCUAAAAGGAAUAAUAGGAGAUGAAGGUCCUCGUGGUCUUCCCGGUCGAACCGAGACAUUUGCCGAGCAGGGUGAACAAGGACGAGCUGGUCUCGAUGGAAUGCCUGGAAUUCCUGGUCGACCAGGGCAAAAAGGUGCUCCUGGAGAAUACGGAUUUAAUGGCCCUAAGGGAAUUCGUGGAGAUGUUGGAUAUUCGGUUCGGGGACCUAAAGGAAUAAUAGGAGAUCAAGGUCCGACAGGAUAUGUAGGUUUCCCUGGUAUGCCCGGUGACGAAGGAUUGCCUGGCAUACCAGGCAUACCUGGUCCCAAAGGUUAUGUCGGUGAACCAGGUGAAUCCGCUAGUAGUGCAAAAGGUGCAAAAGGUGAACCAGGUUGGCCAGGACUGGACGGUCGACUCGGUCCAAAAGGAGCAAGAGGUAACUCAGGUUUACCUGGUUUCCAAGGUUUACCUGGGCCUAAAGGAGAAACAGGAGAUAGCGGGGAACCAGGAUUAGCAGGAUUGCCUGGCCCUCCAGGACCACAGGGUCCGAAAGGAGAUCGGGGUAUAAAUCCAUUUUCGAAUUUUAAUCGACGUGGACUUCCUGGAGAUAUGGGACCUGUAGGAUUGCCAGGAUUUCCUGGACCUCGAGGUCCAAUAGGGGAUCCUGGUCCAGACGGAUUUCCUGGUCGAGAAGGAGAACUUGGUAUGAUCGGCUUACCUGGACCACAAGGACCUGAAGGUAACAAAGGUCCUGCUGGUUAUCCUGGCUCACCUGGCACGGUUGGUAGACAAGGUCUCCCCGGAAAUGCUGGCUUCCCUGGCAUACCAGCACCACCAUCACCCGGUCCCAAAAACAGAGGAUUCCAUUUCGCUAGACACUCGCAAUCCGUCAUGAUUCCACUUUGUCCAAAAAAUACAGUUAAAUUAUGGGAUGGAUUCUCUUUACUCCAUAUUAUGGGCAAUGGACGAGCGUACGCACAAGAUCUUGGAAGUGCAGGAAGUUGUCUUAGAAAGUUUUCAACGAUGCCUUUUACAUUCUGUAACAUGAACGAUGUUUGCUCUUAUGCCAAUCGUAACGAUUAUAGUUAUUGGCUCAGUACCCCCGAACCUAUGCCAAUGAUGAUGACACCUAUACCAGCCCCACAAAUCGGUAGAUACAUAUCAAGAUGUUCAGUUUGUGAGGCUCCCACGAGGGUCAUUGCUUUACACAGUCAAUCUAUGAAUAUACCAGAGUGUCCUGGUGGUUGGGAAGAAAUAUGGAUCGGUUACAGUUUUUACAUGCACAGAGACGCUGGUGCAGACGGCGGUGGUCAGUCAUUGAUCUCCCCAGGAUCGUGUCUAGAAGAAUUCCGUUUUAGACCAUUUAUCGAGUGUCGUGGCAUGGGUACUUGUAAUUUCUUCACCACAGCGACUUCUUACUGGUUGGCGACUAUCGAAGACUAUGCAAUGUUCCGAAAACCUUUGCAGCAAACAAUGAAAGCAGAUCAUACGUCGAAAAUCAGUCGUUGUACUGUAUGCCUUAAACGUCGUAUUACCGAAGAUCGACCUGUCCAACCAGAAGUAGGUAAUAUUUAUCGUCGACCAACAAAUUAUCCACAGUCACGAUAUUCCCCGAAUUACCCACGGCAAAGAACGUCUGCUGGUAGAAAUAAUAAUUACAAUGUACCACGUGUACCAUAUCAUUUUCGAAGAGGAGGCCGAUUUCGUAAAACCAAACGAACAACAACAGAGGCACCGACAUAGUAAACGAGUUUUCGAAUUAGGAGAAUUGGAGUAGACUCAUUCGAUUAACCCUUCUUUGUACAUAUAUUACAAAAUACAUAUAUAUGUGAAGUCUUCUCUCUUAUGGCUAAUGCAAAGUUACACGAAAAUAAUCGAUUGACUUUUAGCAAUUGCACGGUGGCCAAAUGCGAAUUUAAAAUUAUGCCAAAUAAAAGGAAGAACAGCGAAGAUUUUCUCGCAAUCCUGACAUAAUGAAUAUCAAUUUAAUUGCGAUAUUCACGAAUGUAAUAAAAUAAUUAAAUUAAUAUUCGCCCAUAUUAAUAUGACACAUUUGUUAAUGUAAAGCUUUUUAAGUGUAUCGAAUCAAAUAAAGAUAUUUUCUAUAAGCUA